UGUGGUUUUAUACUUGGCACAUAACAUCGUAGUAAAUUUUUCACAGGGAAGAUGGGGAUAACAUUCUCCUGUCCAUUUGCCAAUUUUGAGGAUUUGGAUAGUCGGGUUGAAUCAUAUUUGGUGAGAACAUUAAGUUUAGGAAGCGACGACAUGAGGAAUGCAUUACAGGCCAGGAAUUUCAAUGACCAAAUUACUAAAAGGUCGAAACUCUUGAAGUCUUUUGGCUCCGGGAAUAUGAUCCUUGAGGGAACUCUUACCUAUAAACGGAGGGAAUUUGAGGCCAAGAUUGCAUUGAGGACUCUUGUUUCCGAUAAGGAGGAUAAGAAGAACACUAGAUCAGACAACCCGUGGAACAGGGCAGAAGUUUCUCCGAAAUUGCAUAACAUCUCUGAUAAAGAUACUAGAACACUACCAGCAAGGUGUGGAAAACGUAGAGAUCAGGCUGCUGUAAAGUUGCAGAAGACGUAUAAAAGUUUUCGUACGCGAAGACAGCUAGCUGAUUGUGCUGUUCUAGUUGAGCAGAGAUGGUGGAAGCUAUUGGACUCUGUUGAACUCAAACACAGUUCUGUAUCAUUCUUUGACACUGAGAAACCUCAAACUGCCGUUUCGCGCUGGUCACGAGCGUUAACUAGAGCUGCUAAGGUCGGGAAAGGUCUAUCGAAAGAUGGAAAAGCACGUAAGCUUGCUUUGCAGCAUUGGCUUGAAGCUAUUGAUCCUCGACAUCGAUAUGGUCACAAUCUUCGAUUUUAUUACACAAAGUGGCUCCAAGCUGACAGUAAACAACCCUUCUUCUAUUGGUUGGACAUAGGUGAAGGUAAAGAAAUAAAUCUUGAGAGGUGCCCUAGACCAAAACUUCAACAACAAUGCAUCAAGUAUCUUGGUCCGAUAGAGAGGGAGGCAUAUGAAAUUGUCAUUGUAGAUGGAAAAUUCUUAUAUAAGCAGAGCAGAAGGCUUCUUGAUACGAGGGGAGGCCCACCGGAGGCAAAGUGGAUCUUCGUGCUAAGCGUGUCCAAGAUUUUGUAUGUGGGAAUGAAGCAAAAAGGCACAUUUCAACAUUCAAGUUUCUUGGCAGGUGGUGCAGCAUUGUCUGCUGGGAGAUUAGUAGCAGAAGAUGGUAUUAUAAAGGCGGUUUGGCCUCAGAGUGGACAUUACCUCCCUACAGAAGAGAAUUUCGAAGCAUUCAUGUUAUUUCUUAGGCAACAGAACGUUGAUGUCACUGUUGUCCAGAAAUUCACUAAUUAUGAGGAGGAAGCGCCCCUUACCAAGAAGGAAUGCAGUACAAACAUACGUAAUAACUUAUCAGCCCCGGAUUUCAGUGAAUCCAGCGCAGAGAGCAACCUCAAAAGAUCGGACACGAAGAAGAUUGAUUCUGCUAACAAUGUUUGUGGCGGAAGAGUACGACCCAAAAUUGCUGUUGAAAUACCAGAAAAGGAGGGCAUUGUCGAGUUGUUUAAGGAGACCACCCAACAGGUGCAGCCUGUGGUUACACCGGCAGACGGAUACGAAACACCAGAUGAGUACUUAUCGGACACAGAGUUUUCAGUUUCAAAGAAGAAUUUAUUCGAUCACGAAAACGAAGAGGAGAACAAGGAACCUGUCCCUGAAGAAAAAAUAAUCAAGAGAAUACAUUCACAUAUAGGCAUUAAGUCAUAUCAUUUGGCUCAUCAAUUGUCUGCAUGUAGAUGGACUACGGGAGCUGGACCUCGUAUCGGAUGCAUGAGGGACUAUCCAUCCGAGCUCCAAUUUCGCGUUAUGGAGCAAGUACAGUUAUCUCCAAGAACUGCAUUUCCAACUCCCUCGAAAUCUGCCGGUCGUACUUACACGCCUACCAUAUUUUCUAGAGAAGCACAUGAUCAAGGCAAAAGGCCUGAUUUUGAACUAGUUGUAUUCUCUGAAUCAGAUAUUCCAUCAGUAAAAAGAGAUGCAAUUUUUGGUUGAUUAAUUAGUAGUUUAAGAGAAGAGAACAACUAUUCUCACAAUACUUUUUUGUUGUAAAAUAGGGAAUUUUCUGCUAGCCAGUUUUGGUUGUUUCUCUCUUUUUUCCCUCUUGAAUUUUUUAACCUGUAUAGGUUUGUACAGAAAGAUGUAAUUAUUUUUUAACACAUUCUUUUGAAGAUUAUUUAGAAUAAAAGAUCAAAUAAAGUCUGUCAAAGAUC